AGAAUGAAUUCACAUGAAUUCCUAGCAUAAUGAGCCUUGGAAUUUAUUUGAUUUAAUUGAUUUAAAUGGAUUAAUUACCCAAUUAAAUCUAACAGAAGCUGAGUCUAAAGGUGAUUCGAUUCAUAAUGCAUAUGCAGUCCACUUGAGUCACAGGACUAGCUAGCUAUUCCCGAAUGGACAAACGUACGGUUGCAAUAUAUAAGCAGCCGAGCAUGCAUCGUUGGGAGCAACAUACACUCAAAUUCCCUGGCAGGCUCAUCUGUUUGUUGGGAGAGAGAGAAGAGAUGAGUAAUAUUGGGAUGGGGAUGGGGGUGAUAGAAGCUGGGCGAUUUAUGAGAAUGAGUUCAGAACGACGAGCGAGGCACUUGGUGGGCAUGGGUGUUGUGCUGACGUUGAACACGUCGAUCCUAAUACUGGGUAGCGCCACCCGUGCCCCGACGCAUUGCACCCGUGGCGUCUUCUUGUGGCCCUGUAUCGCGAUCGGCCUCUUCUUCAUGGUCGUCUUCAUCUUGGGCCUGUGCGGCGCGAAGAACAACAACGAGGGUCUCUUCUUCUGCCACCUCCUCGGCGUGUUCAUCGCCAUCCUCGCCCUCAUCGGCUUCAUCAUCUUCGGUUACGUGGCCAUCGGACCAGGCAUCGACCUCAGCGAUGUGAAGGCACGCGAGUACAAUCUGGACGACUACAAGAGCGGGUGGCUCAGGGCUCGUGUGGACGACGCCGCGUACUGGGCAACAACCAGCGCCUGCCUCCGCGGCGACAGGGGCGCCGGGUGCAAGGCCAUGACGAAACUGGUCCGUGACCCACACUCCGGCUUGUUCGUCCCCGACGGCGGCCGCCGGCACGUCGACAUGUCACCUAUCCAGUCUGGAUGCUGCAAGCCACCAUCAUCGUGUGGAUUCACAUAUGUCAACGGGACGACGUGGACACCAACACCAGCAGCAGCAACAAACAACGUCGACUGCAGCAGGUGGAGCAACGACCAACAAAAGCUCUGCUUCCAGUGCGAUUCAUGCAAGGCAGGCUUCCUCGACCACACCAGGAAGGCCUGGAGCUCGGCUGCCUUCUUUCCCAUUUUCUGCUUGAUCGCGGCCAUUCUUUCAUGCUGUUCAGGUUUAAAAUAUGGAGGGGUUCUCCAUGAAUAAGUUGUUAUCUUACUUUGUUUAUUUUUAUCAUGUUUAGGCUUUGAGCCAACAACCUUAUAAUAAAUGAUUGUUCCUUUGUUUA